CCAAUGGGAGCGUGGGGCUGCCCCACCGGGGCGGAGCAGGGCGGAAAUCCCCGCUGUUCCCAGUGGGGCCGUGGCACUGGGCAGGAUGCGGGGCAAGGACGAGGAGUACGACUUCCUCUUCAAGGUGGUGCUCAUCGGGGACUCUGGCGUGGGGAAGAGCAACCUGCUGUCCCGCUUCACCCGCAACGAGUUCAACCUGGAGAGCAAGAGCACCAUCGGGGUGGAGUUCGCCACCCGGAGCAUCCAGGUGGACAACAAGACGGUGAAGGCGCAGAUCUGGGACACGGCCGGGCAGGAGCGGUACCGCGCCAUCACUUCUGCGUACUACCGCGGGGCGGUGGGAGCGCUGCUGGUGUAUGACAUCGCCAAGUACCUGACAUAUGAGAACGCCGAGCGUUGGCUGGCGGAGCUGCAGGACCACGCCGACGCCAACAUCGUGGUCAUGCUGGUGGGCAACAAGAGCGACCUGCGGCAUCUGCGCGCCGUGCCCACCGACGAGGCCCGGAGCUUCGCAGCUUUCCCCGCUGUUACAGAGAAGAACGGGCUCUCCUUCCUCGAGACGUCGGCUCUGGACUCCACCAACGUGGAGACGGCGUUCCACAACAUCCUCUCCGGUAAGGAUGGGGGGACGAGGUGGGUUUGGGGUUGUGCCCCUCCAGGAUCCCUUCUGUGAGCUGUGGGGUUGGGUCCUGCACUCUGCCGUGGGGAGAUGUGGGUGCUCCCAGCCCACCCAACCUAACCUGACCUUAAUCCCAACCCUAACCCCAACUCAAGCCCUAAUCCAAACCCUAACCCCAACCUCAAUCCCAACAAUAAUCCUAAUGAAACUCCAACCCUAACCCCAACAUUAACUCCAAUUUAACUCCAGUUUUAACCCCAACCCUAACCCCAGUCCUAAUCCUAACCCCUGCCCCAACCCUAAACUCAACCUUAAACUAAACCUAACCC